CUUUAUACUUGAUUAUGAAUAUCUCGAGCCAUAUGGAUGAUAAAGGAAUCCUCCGAUGAUGACGGGGAAUGAGCAUUCCAGUAGAUUUUGAGAGGUGGAACUAAUCCACCUUCUUUUUUGCCUUCUUAGUCUCUCUCGUAUUUUUUUCAACUAAGCAUUUGAAUCAAAUAAAAUAAUUGAUAGUUGUUUGCCAUUUUAGUUGAAAAUUAUCCAAGAGAAGAAUAAUUUUUAAAUACUAAUAUUAAAAUUUAAUGGUACUAAUAUAUGCUAACACUGCAGUGAUAUUCCAAUGUCUUUUACCCAAACCUUUUAAUCCUCUCAAUUCCAGUCCUUUCCAAUAUUCUAAGAAAUUUUUAUCCAUAUUAUAUUAUAUAUGUGUGUGCUGUCACUGCUGUUAUAAUUCCAUUGGGAGUUGAAAGAUUUGGAAUUGAAAGAAUUGAAAGUUUUCAAUAGCCUCUAAUGAGAGUCUAAUCUUAAAAAGGGUUUCUUUGUCAGUAUUAUAAAUAAAUAUAGUAUUCAUAUAUCUUCCGGGUUGUCAGUAAUUGAAAAUCAAAAUAUAUUCCCCAUUUUCAAAGAAAUCUAUUAAAAUCUACUUUAAAAAUAAAAAGUAAAUUUCAAUUGUUUUUUCUUGAAAUUUCUUUCUUUUUUUUUAUUAUACUUCUUGUAGAUAACACCCAGAAACAUUUCUUCUUGAAUUCAGUUAUUUACUUCUAACUAUACAAAAACUUAAUACCACUUUUGGACUUGAAAUUUUAAAAAGUAUUUAUUUU